CAAAUUAUGUAUUUCAUUUUAGCCUUAGUAGUGCUGGAAAGUACUUUAUUGACUGCUCAUUGAAACACUGAAACACAUUACUGACAACAGAGAAAGGUUCUGGUUUGCUAUUUGGAGCAAUCUUGAGUUCAGUAUCUUGCCCAUUGGCAUGUAAAGGAGCUGGGUAUCAAAUAAUUAGUGGACAAUCCACUCUACCACCUGAGCAACUAUCCACAGCUCUUGUGUGUUUAUGUGUGGAAUGGAAGAAUAUUUUUUUCAACCACAAUGAAAAUCAAUACAGUUGAGAAUUGAUAGUGUCAUAAACAGUCCCAUGGUUAUUGCCUAGUCGAUAUGGCCUAUCUAGUCAUCCAGCCCCAGCUGAGCCUGCAUAGAUAUGGCCAAUGGCGGUGGAUGUUACACACGUUUAUACCAGUUUACAACCAAAAGCAGUCCAGUGUGUCACAGAGUGCCAGUAACAGCUUGGUACCUGAAUGCUGAGACCUCUUUGACCAAAAGGCAUUUACGCCUAAUUGUUUUCCUUUUUUUGUGAAUCAAAAAACGGAUUUUUCCCCUAAUGAUUUAAAGACACACAAGGCCCUGGUUUUACUUCAAAGUAAAUUUGUUACUUUCCUAUUUUCUUACCUAAACUACAUUAGCACCAGAAAUGGCUUUUAAAAUGAACAUUUUAAGCAUUUCACACAGUAACUGUAAUAUCAUUUUCGACUUGUGUAAAUUGAAAACUAUGGGUCUUGGUUCAGUUGAUUUCUCUUAGGUGUGAAAACAUGGUGGAAAAAUAUCAACGUGCUGGGCCCCAUGAUUUGCCUUUCACCCACCCAUUAUCGUAGGCAAACUAUGGGUAUAUGACAUCAUUACAGUAAAUGUCCUUCAUACUAUACUCUGAAAGAAUAAUUUGCUCUGCUCAUGUGACUGUAGUUUUUUGGUUAUGCCACUUUUGUUAAAGCAUUCAAAAGCAGUAGAGGCCUAGUGAAGUGGAAAUCGUCUGAAAUACAUGCUUUUUUUUUGUUUCAAGGUGAGAUACAGGGCAGAUAUAUGUAUACAGUUAUGUGUUUGUCAAUCUAUUUGUAUGAGCAAGAAUACAUUAAAAGAUUACAAUAAAAACAAUUUUUUUGAAACUAGGGAGAGGAAUGGAGCAUGUGCAGAAGAAGAACCAGUUAAAAUUUUGAUUCAGUGUGGUUCAAAACCAAAUGCCAUCAUCCUUGGCAUAGCAUGCAAUCAUUCCAUACCCUUUUCUAUGGUUGUCUUUGGGCUUUUUGCUUGGACCUGUCUUAGGUGAAUCAAAACUAUAGAAAUUACAGGUUGCCCAUGUGGAAUGAUUUUUUUUUUUUUAAAUUAUGCUUACCCUCACUUACCACAUUAUACAUUUUGCCUGUGAAAAUCUAUAAAUCAAUUUAGUGUUUAAAUUUCAAAACAUAAAUGAUGUAAAAGUUAUGAUGGCUUAUUUAGAAGCUGCUAAAAAUGUUGUAGCUUCUGUUUUACUGUAGAAAAUUUAAUGUUUGCAAUAUUAAGAUUUAGAAUAUUCCAACCAGGUAAUUAUGGCUAUUAAUAUGGCCGUAGAUGGGUGUAAAACUCUAAAAGAUGCAAAGACACUAAUACCUUAAUAAUUUUAAAAAGUAAUUUGCUGGGGUUAGAGAGCUAUGAUUGUGCUUGUUAGUUGGAAGUAGGUGUCAUCACCUGACAGUCUGUAGACAGAGUCUGACAAAUACUCUAAACUUGGUGACACACAAUUGAGUUUUACGGAUUAAAUUAGGCUUGUCUGUGGGAUGAUGAUUGCAGGUUACACCUUGUUGCUCUGUUUGACUGGCCUCAGUCACCCAACCCUGUCAUUAAUAUCUGUAGUGCAGGCCCAUUAGCUAGCUGGACUAUCACCUGAGCAGGUCAUAACAAAUUUGAAGAUGAAGCAAAAUGUUUUGCAAAAUGCUGGUAUCUUGAUAUGUAAUUGAGUGGGAGAUCAUUUCAGGAUACAGAAAUCCAUUAAACAAAACAAAACAAUGAAAGGAUAGCAUUCUUGAUUUAAGACCUAUGACAGAGUUUUGACUUCUGCUGUUUGUAAACUGUCUAACAACUUGAAUCAAAUAUGGCUCAGUAAAGGAAAAAGAACUUAAAUCAUAAAUCUUAUUAAGCAGGAAUCCACAUCUCUUGCAACAACAAGUAGGCUGACAUAAGUGUUAUUUGUUUUUGUUUUCUUUUGUAUGAAUUCCCAUCCCUUUCUUCUUACCAAGCCAUUGUUAGUCCAUGCCUUUUUGGGCUACAUAGUGAACUGUUUUCUGAUCUGAUGCCCCCAGCAGGAUGCGAUCAUCUGUCUGUGCCUUGACCUUUAUGGUCAUGGUGACAUGUGGGUACUGUUAUGGAACUUAAACAUGCUUUGAACUUGAACAAUUAUUGCCAGGAUUGAAAGAAGACUCAUGUUACAGUCAAAUGUUUUGCCCGAGCCAUUGGUUCACCUUAAGCACCACUCCCACUCCACACUUUGUCACUUUGUAAUGAUGUCACCUUACUUUAUCCUUUGCUCCCAUUAUAGUUACAAGAGCUGCUGGAGGACUUUGUCAGUUGAUCGAUGCAGCUCUCCACCCUCAGGAGUUUCAUACAGAAAUAUAAAUGCUUCUGAGGCGAACCAAAUAAUUUUUUCAGUUCACAUAAUUGUAAAGUUAAUUAUAUAAGACAACUGACAAAGCAUAUUAAAAGAGAUAAAAGUGAUAAAGAUAAGUAAAAGAUAAAAUGAAAGGAUUUGCAAAUGAUAAAGGGCUUCAUCAACAAUCUACUAAUGGUAAUUUUGUGGAGAAACUGUUUUGGACUACAGCUGUUGUGUGUUUAUCUGUUCCUGGACAUCCUAACACUUCACAGCAAGAAAAACACAGGUGUAACUAAUCCCAUCAGUGAAAAGUUGUUUAUUUCAGUUUUAAAGUGAUACAGUCAUUUUAAUACCAUCUGUGCUUUCACUCUUGUGAUGUUUUUGAAACUUCCCUAAAAGGCAAUGGUGUUUUAAAGGAAUUUGAUCCGUGUUGUUUAGUGUCUGGAAAGUGCCAAUUAAAAAAGGAAAACAAAUACUUUUGAGAGGCACAUUUUUCUAAUUACUCUGGGCCAUAAAUUAAGUCACUUGUGACUUCAGACCACAAAGGUACAGUUAUCAAGUCGUAGAGUUCUUGAAUUAAUCAUAAUUUGGAGACAUUUUUUAAAAUGUGUUUUGUUUGAAGGGGUCUCAAGAGAAAAUGCUGUGUAAAAACAUAGAUGAAUACAGUCCAUCAAAUAAAGAUGCAAUUAGUCUUAAGAGCUUUACAGAAGAAGCCAAAUGGACUUUAGGUUUGCAAAAAUGGUUUCACCUCUCAUCCAAGAGGCUUCUUCAUUUCUGAAGAAGGAUGCAAUUACUUUCAUUUCACCAGUUACUUCACUAAGACUAAACAUUAUUAUGAGCUCUAGAGACAGAGACCUCUUUUAUCCUCUCUUAAUAUCUGCCAUCAAUCUUUCUCUCAUUUUAAUCAAAAGACCCAUUAUUAGCACAUAUUGCCUCUGUCUGUAUACACAUACAGGAAAGUGUACUUUUACUGACUCAUACUGUACAUACUCAUACUGACACACAGCCCAAAGCCAGCGUACAAAUUUUGUCCAAACUAAAAAGAGAAUAUCUAGGUUAGUGUGAGCCCUGGGGCUAAUUCAAGUAUUAUUUUAUGGUUGUAUUUAUAUUUAUUUAUUAACAUCACGUUCUCCUGGGGACCAUGAGUAAGUCAUUGUUGCUAAGGUGCGCGCAAACCCUGCAAACCGCUUCAGAUUAAUUGAAUGUUUUGGAUAUAAUUUGCAUAAAUCCAACAUGUGCAUGUUGGUGUUUGUUCAGUGAGUCAGCUUAGAGGAGGUGGCGCUGGUGGAGUCGUGCUUUUAAAAUAAUGAACUGAUCCUGUGCAGGGCCUACGAGGGUUUUCAAAAAAUAGAGUUUGACCAAAAUGAUUGCCCAGGAGAAAAGGAAUUACAUAAACAUGGACCUCCCACAUUUAGACAUGUUUUAAUUGCAGGCACGUCAUAGAAGAUAAAAUAUACAACAGAAAGCUGCCAUGACGCAGCUGUAAGGGUCAUAAAAUAACACACUGGAGCUUAACUGUUUCUGAGAUUAGGUAAGAUUCAAAAUAUUUUUAUACUGGUUAUGGUAAUACCAGUUCCUAAAAGGUUAUAUUUUGACAUAUGUCUGUGUUAAUACUGAAUCUUAACAGUUAAAGAAACAGAUUUAUUCUCUUUAGUUAAAAUUUGAGAGCCUAUACUUUAUUAAACACCAAAAUCAAUAUUAAAUUACAACAAAGUUGAAAGUGCUGAAGAUUUUUACUUCAAAAAACAUAAAUAUCAAAACACAGUCUUCAUUCUCUGGCACUGUCUGUAUGUGUAGAAAAGAGUCAUAAAAAUCCUGUUAUGUUUUCAUCCACCUUAAAGUGGAACAAAGGUGUGUCUGUGUUUGAUGUCAAAGUUCAAUAACUCUGUUGUCUCGUGCUUUGUUGGCCUUGUUGACUGCAUGCUUCCCUGUCCUUCUUUUUUUGUUCUCAAUUCUUUUAAUAGCCCAUCUUUAACCUCUUUAAUCCCUUUGCUUUUUUCAUAUCAGUUUUGUUUAUUUGAACUGUAAAUAGAAACCUUUACUUAAACUGUUGCAAAGGAAGAUGCAAUUUGUUCUCGCAAAAAACAAACAAACAAACAAAACGUGCUAUAGCUUCCUGCCUGUUCAGUUUUUUAAAGCCAGUGUGAGGUGAGUAGUUGUCAGAUGUUCUGAUUUAGAGUUUGUAGAUAAAAUAUUUACAUGGAAAUAUUUGAUGUGGGAUCCUCAGACAAACCGAAUGUCUGACAAACAUAAAAGUGCCAUAAAGAAGUCAAGUACACUGAUUUGCUGUUGCCUACACUGGCCAAAAAGCACCACAACUAUGAAAUGAAUGUCUGUCUAGGUGUAAAAUAUUUACAAGGCCAUUGCACUAUAGGAGCAGUCACCCUACCCUCAUAGCAGUCACAAAUUUUGGUCCUAAUUUUCCAUUCCUCUGAAUGUUAUGUUAUCCACUUGUAGAAAUGUGCAUAUACUACCUGAGCUCUCACACAUAUUUUCUGAUACUUUAAUAAGUUUUUAUUACCGUAUUGAGAUCAGAUUUUCUGUGUAUAUUUUUCCUCAUUAAGGGGAAAAUUAACUAUUGAACUCUAGAUUAUCUAUGCAGAUAUUUCACAGUAUGGCAUAGUUAUCGUUUAAAACUAUCAAGAUAACAGUGGUGAAUGCAGCUGUCAGAUAAAAAAACAACUGAAAAUCCUGUGCUGCAGUUUACAUUUAGAAAUAUGUUUUAUUCUGUUGGGAAUUAAAAAUAAAAACAGAACUUCUAACUCUUGCUUGGAUUUUUUUUUAAAGCAGCUGGGGUGGUUCUUUACUUUUUUGGUGCAAACUUUAGAAUUGUUCAGUUAGGAUUGAAUAAGUUUAAAACCAGAAAUCUGUUCAGAACAAAACCUAUUCCAAUGAAAAUGGUGGUCUCACCACCUUCCAUAUAUUUCUGAGAGAGAGGCAACAUUUUAAAUUGCCAAUUAAAUGCAUUAAAUUGCUGUUCUUGUUUUCAUUAAUACAGCUUCAAUACUGAGCUUUUGUAGUUAAAUGCUUUCUUCUCCUGCUCGUCAUCUCUACUUCUUUCUUUGUUGUGUGUGUGGUUGUAACCUGUUGAUCCUACAGCUCCCAGCCAGACGUGCCCACAGAUAAACCUCCUGCUCUUCACCUUUUACUUUCUCUUAUGUGCAAAAUUGGCUGUGAGGGACUGUUGAAUAAUUUAGCAGCCUGGUGAUGGGGCUCUGUGACACUGCUCUUAGUGUGUUUACUUGUUUCUGUGUGUGUGUGUGUGUGUGUGUGUGUGUGUGUCUGUGUGUGUGUCUGUGUCUGUGUUUGUAUUUAUUUAGGGAGGAGGGGUUUGGAAAAAGACAGUGUGUGAGAGAGACUGUGAGUUUGGGGGGAAAAAAACAAGACAGUAGACCACACACACUAUUGACAGGGUUGGAAGAAAAUGUUCAGCUGAAAAGGCACUAGCACAGAUAGUUGCCAGAGAGGAUGAAUGGCUUUAAUGAGAAAACUCCAGGCUUUGCUCUAGAGGGACAGACACACAGACCGACCCCUCUGUAUUCAUGGGAUUUCUCUGAAAAAGCUUUCACAGUGAAUGAAGGAUGGUCUUUGUGCAGCAGAAUGAGUGUGACCAGUGCUCUGCGUAUGUUUGUGUGCCUGCAUAUGUGAGCAGUAUUCCACCAGUCAUGAGGGCAUCUGAAAAAAUGCAACACUGGAUUUAAACCGAGAAGAGAGAGGGAAGACAGGCUAGUCCUACACACCCCUCAACACAUUUCUACAGGUCUAGCUGGCCAAUGCCGGACCCGUCGUGGAUAUUUGGUGGUGGUAGUAGCAGAAGUAGCGUGUAUGUGAGUGCGGUCCCUGGCGCCUAGCCCAUGUCCAGCACAUAAUGCCGUCGUCCACACGGAAAGGAGUACCGAAGGACCCCGAGUUGGCUGACCUCUUCUUCAAAGAUGACCCAGAGGACGUUUUCUGUGACCUGCAUGAGAUCGGUCAUGGCAGCUUUGGGGCCGUCUACUUUGCUCGGAACUCCUACUCCAACGAGGUGGUGGCCAUCAAAAAGAUGUCCUAUAAUGGCAAGCAGACUACUGAAAAGUGGCAGGACAUCAUUAAGGAAGUCAAGUUUUUGGGACAGCUGCGACACCCAAACACAAUUGAGUACAAAGGCUGCUACUUGAAAGACAACACUGCCUGGCUGGUGAUGGAGUACUGUCUGGGCUCUGCAUCAGAUUUACUGGAGGUUCAUAAAAAACCACUCCAAGAAAUGGAAAUUGCUGCCAUUACCCAUGGUGCCUUGCUAGGACUGGCUUACCUACAUUCCCAUAAUAUGAUUCACAGAGAUGUGAAAGCUGGUAAUAUCCUGCUGACUGAGCUGGGUCAAGUCAAACUGGCUGACUUUGGCUCCGCCUCCAUUGCCUCACCUGCCAACUCCUUUGUGGGCACACCUUACUGGAUGGCCCCAGAAGUGAUCCUAGCCAUGGACGAGGGCCAGUAUGAAGGAAAAGUGGACAUCUGGUCACUGGGGAUCACUUGUAUUGAACUGGCGGAACGUAAACCACCCUUGUUCAACAUGAAUGCCAUGAGUGCCUUAUAUCACAUUGCCCAGAACGACUCUCCCACACUGCAGUCCAAUGAGUGGUCUGACCUCUUUCGCAGCUUUGUUGACUAUUGCCUGCUGAAAAUUCCUCAGGACAGACCCUCGUCGGGGGAGCUGCUACGACAUGAUUUUGUACGUCGGGAACGCUCGCCACGCAUUCUCAUUGACCUCAUCCAGAGGACCAAGGAUGCAGUGCGUGAGCUCGACAAUCUGCAGUACCGCAAGAUGAAAAAGAUCCUAUACCAGGAGAAACACAACGGGCCCAUGGGAGAGAGCCAGGAGGAGGAGGAGGACAGCGAGGCAGCCAGCUGUAAGAUGAACAGCCUGGGCAGCAACCACUCUAUUCCCAGCACCUCGGUCAGCACGGGUAGCCAGAGCAGCAGCGUGAAUAGCAUGCAGGAGGUGUUGGAUGACAGCUGCUCUGAUAUGACCAUGAUGCAUCCCCAAGACUACAGCAGCACCCUGGACUCCUCCCCACACACCAAGAAGGACCAUCAAUACAACUGGGACGACGGGAUCCACAGGGACCAUCGGCCAGAGCCGACGCCAGCUUCCUUUGAUAAGAGCAGCCAGGCUCAAAACUACAAAAACCAGGGCCGCUUUGCCACCAUUAAGUCUGCCUCACUGGUGACCAAACAGAUUCAUGAGCAUGAGCAGGAAAGUGAGCUGCGAGAACAGAUGUCCGGCUACAAGCGCAUGCGGCGGCAGCACCAGAAGCAGCUGAUCGCCCUGGAGAACAAGCUAAAGGCCGAGAUGGAUGAGCAUCGGCUCAAGCUGCAGAAAGAGGUGGAGACGCAGGCCAACAACGCCUACAUUGAACUGGAGAAGCUGGCAAAACGGCAUGCUGUGCAUUCUGAGAAAGAGAUGAAGACGGCGCUGGCAGACGAGAAGAAGUUCCAGCAGCAGAUCGUGGCCCAGCAGAAGAAGGAGCUAACCACAUUUCUGGAUAAUCAGAAAAAGCAGUACAAACUCUGCAAGGAGAAGAUUAAGGAGGAGAUGAACGAGGACCACAGCACACCCAAGAAGGAGAAACAGGAGCGUCUGUCCAAGCACAAGGAGAACAUGCAACAUUCCCAGGCCGAGGAGGAGGCCCAUCUGCUGUCCCAGCAGAGGGUCUUUUACGACAGGAACUGCCGCGCCUUCAAGCGCAAAGUCAUGAUCAAGAGGCACGAUUUGGAACAGGAACAGAUCAGAGAGGAGCUGAACAAGAAGAAGACCCAGAAAGAGAUGGAGCAUGCCAUGCUGAUCCGCCACGAUGAGUCCACGCAGGAACUGGAGCAGAGGCAGCUGAAGACCCUGCAGAAGCUGCGUAUGGACCUCAUCCGCCUGCAGCACCAGACGGAGCUGGAGAACCAGAUUGAGUACAACAACAGACGUGAGCGUGAACUUCAUCGCAAGCAUGUGUUGGAGCUCCGGCAGCAACCCAAGAAUCUCAAAGUUUUGGAGCUGCAGAUCAAGAAGCAGUUUCAGGACACAUGUAAGGUGCAGACCAAACAGUACAAAGCCCUACGCCACCACCAGAUGGAAGUUACGCCUAAGGCCGAGCACAAGACUGUGCUCAAGGCCCUGAAGGAUGAGCAGACACGCAAGCUGGCCAUUCUGGCUGAGCAGUAUGAGCAGAGCAUCAACGAAAUGAUGGCUUCACAGGCGCUGCGUCUGGAUGAGGCCCAGGAAGCAGAGUGCCAGGCCCUGAGGCAGCAGCUGCAGCAGGAGAUGGAGCUGCUCAAUGCCUACCAGAGCAAGAUCAAGAUGCAGACUGAGGCGCAGCAUGAGCGUGAGCAGCAGAAGCUGGAGCAGAAGGUGUCGCUGCGCCGAGCACACCUGGAACAAAAGAUUGAAGAGGAGCUGGUUUCCCUUCAGAAGGAGCGAACCGACCGCAUCAAACACCUGCUGGAACGCCAGGAGCGGGAGAUCGACACUUUUGACAUGGAAAGCAUGCGUCUGGGCUUCAACAACCUGGGCACCUUGGACUUUCCCAAGGACGACUACAGAUGAGGGGCCGUUGUUUCUGCCGCCGCCAUCUUCAUGUAGUCCCCCUGGGGCAACCGUCUGCCUCAGAACACCCCACCUCUCCUUUGACCUGACCUGACAGUGCAGGUGUUCACAGCUGCUGAUGCCCUUCCUCAAACACACUUUAAAAAAUGAAAAGAGAAAAAAAAGAAAGAAAGAAACUGCUUCGAGAUCAGCUCUGGUGUGUUCUCUGGGCCAGUCAGUCAGGGUCGAUGGCAGGUUUGAGUGUCCCCCCCACCCUUCCCUGACAAACCAACCUAUACUCCCUCCCCCUCCUUGCCUCUGUGGUGUCACAAGAUGACAAAAAAAUAUGCUGGAUAACUUCCUGUGGUUGUCAUGUUUUUGUAAGAAUAACAUAGUCACAGUGUUUCUUGUUUCUUGUGCAAUGAUGACACUUUUGGUGUGACUAAAAGUGGAAAUUGAGAAAAAGGAGGGAGACAAAAUUGAAGGUCGUAGGAUGAGCAAAAAUCGCUUCAAAACCAUGCUUUUUCAGAGGCGAUAAAUAUAUUUGUUACUUUGUUUUUUGGUCUCGAGCAGCGCAAAAAAAAAUCUCUCAAAGCGAAAAAUCAAACCGAUCCUUCCGCAGCUGUUCGUCUGUGCUGCUUCUUUGGUAUUUAUGCACGCAGACAUUUUUAGGACCAAUUUAAAUAAUUUGAUACUUUGACGGAAAACUCACAAUGUGCAUACAGGUACACUUAUAGUAUAUGUGAUUCCUUCAUGUGAUUACUGCAGGGUGGGUGAAUCAUGGUACUCAACAUGUGUAUUGUACUGAUUUCUCUGCACUGGCAGCCAAUGUGAAAUAUAAUACACGUGAGAUGUGAACUCCCAGCUAGCACAAAGGGCUUCAUGGGGAGGGCAGGGGGACUUGUACUUUGUGUAUAGAAGGAUUUAUGGAGAGCUUUUACUUAUUUUCGUAUUGUAUUUUAACUGUCACUUAAAUCAGAAAAAUAAUUUUUAAAAGCGCUUUUUUUCCCCUCCCCCUCUCUUCAGAUAGUAUUCCAAAUCCAGGUAUCUAUCAAUGGAUUUUUCAGUUCAUUUUCCCCCCCACUUCUUGCUUUACACAACUCUAGAGCUGUGUAGUUUCUUAUAAACCAGACCAGUAUGAUGCUUUAUUAUUGCAUGCACUUUAAUUUUUUUUUCCAGGUUAAAAUAAAGGCAUGAAUCUGUCAGAGCUUUUAAUUAUAUUUGUAAAUAAAGUGCUCAUCACACAAA